AAAAACUCUGGUUCAGCUUCAAAUUCGAAAUUUCAGUCGUCUUCCCAAAUUCAAGGGUUUCUACACACCAAUUCGUUGCAGAGAAAGCUCGAAGAGGGUUUCAGAUAUAUUGCGUUGGAAUUCCUGAGAUCUUUUGUUUUAGGAAGCUUUGAGGAUCAUGAGGCCUAUAUUUUGUGGGAAUCUGGAGUUUGAUGCUCGUCAAUCUGAGAUUGAACGUCUUUUCAGAAGAUAUGGAAAGGUGGAAAGGGUGGAUUUGAAAUCUGGAUUACUUGGAUAUUCCAUGAUCUUCCUCGAUGGAUGGUUCUCUGCGUUUAUUUUACUGGCUUGUGCCCAAGAUACAUGUUCUUGUGUUUGUUCGAAAGAACCAAUAUGAUCUGCCAUGGUCCCACCAUCUUACACAUUCCUCAGAUCAUUGCCUUUUGCAUUCCUCAUGACUUUGCACAGUCUUCAAUUUCCGACAUGUUUCAACAUAGAUAUCAUGUUCAUUCCGGAUCCAGUGGCAGGCUUCGCGUUCGUAUAUAUGGAAGAUGAGCGUGAUGCUGAGGAUGCAAUUCGGAAGCUCGACAGGAUAGAGUUUGGUAAAAAAGGACGCCGAUUACGUAUAGAGUGGACCAAGCAAGAACGAGGUGGUAGAAGGCCUGAUAGUUCCACAAAAUCUUCCGGCAACACAAAACCGUCAAAAACCCUGUUCGUUAUUAACUUCGACCCCGUCAAUACAAGGACCAGAGACAUCGAAAAGCAUUUCGAACAGUAUGGAAAGGUAUCAAAUGUCAGGAUCAGAAGGAAUUUCGCAUUUGUGCAAUACGAGUUGCAGGAAGAUGCCACCCGUGCUUUAGAAGAAUCCAACAUGAGUAAGUUUAUGGACCGCGUAAUAUCGGUGGAGUACGCAAUACGAGAUGAUGAUGAGAAGAGAAAUGGGAGCAGCCCUGUUAGAAGAGGAAGAGAAUCUUCUCCAGAUGGAAGAAGCUACAGUCGAAAACGUUCACCAAGUCCAUACACUAGGGAUAGGGGUAGCCCUGAUUAUGGGCAUGGAUCUGUACCUAAUCCAAGAUCCGAGCGAAGGGAGAGCCCUCGGCAUGUCAGACCAGAAAGCCCUCCCAAUGACAGAUAUCGCAGCCGUAGCCGUUCACCUCCUCGUCGUGAAAGAAAUCGGUCUUAGAAAAGGAAGAUAGUGUGUAUGUGGUUGCAGCUGUGGCUAUCAUUUUUUUUUCUUGUUAAUUAGAUUUAUGUGUGAUUAACAGUAACAAAUUUGGGGUAGAAUUGUGUGUUUGAAAUUUCUGAGGGAAACAUUUGUACUGUAUUUUGCUAGAUUGCAGACUGAUGAUGUCACUUCUUUUCUUGGAUUUUCUGGCUUUGUGAUGAUAAUUGUGGGAUUAGUCAUUGAUUAGUGAUUAUUAAGUGUUAAUUUUUCUUGCA